AGAUACUGAACGGUAAACCUGCACCAAACCCUAGUAGCCCUAAUCAUCCAUUUUUUUCUUCUACUUCUGCACAUGAUGGAUCCUCCACCCGGGGUUGAAGACCCUCGUGCUCCCGCCGUCAAUGGCGACACCAACCACGUCUCCAAAAAGCUCAAGCUCUCCUUCAUUACUGAUUCCGAAAUUCGCGAGGAGUUUGCCCACCACCAAUCCGGCAUCGCCCGAAUCAACAACGGCAGCUUUGGCAGCUGUCCCGCCUCCAUCAUCGCCGCCCAGAAGAUCUGGCAGCUACGCUUCCUCCGCCAGCCUGACGAUUUCUUCUUCAAUCACCUCCAGCGCCAAAUCCUCCAUUCCCGCACCAUCAUCAAGGAUCUCAUUAAUGCCGACCAUGUUGAUGAGGUCUCCAUCGUAGACAACGCCACCACUGCUGCUGCCAUCGUUCUUCAGCAUGUUGGCUGGGCCUUUGCUGAAGGACGUUUCCAGAAGGGCGAUGCUGUUGUCAUGCUCCACUGCGCUUUUCAGGCUGUUAAGAAGUCCAUUGAGGCCUAUGUUACCCGGGCUGGCGGCUCUGUCAUAGUGGUUCACUUGCCCUUCCCUGUCAAUUCCAAUGAAGAAAUCAUAGCCGAGUUUCGGAAAGGCUUGGCUAGAGGUAGGGCCAAUGGUAAGAAAGUAAGGUUAGCUAUAAUCGAUCAUAUAACAUCAAUGCCUUGUGUCGUGAUUCCUGCUCGUGAACUGGUUAAUAUUUGUAGAGAGGAAGGUGUCGAACGUGUUUUUGUAGAUGCAGCGCAUGCUAUUGGCAGCGUUCAUGUUGAUGUCAAGGAUAUAGGGGCUGAUUUUUAUGUCAGCAAUUUGCAUAAGUGGUUUUUCUGUCCACCUUCGGUUGCAUUUUUGUACUGUCGAAAAUCACCGGUUUCGCCUGAUUUGCACCACCCUGUUGUUUCACAUGAAUAUGGAAAUGGGCUUGCCAUAGAGAGUGCGUGGAUUGGGACAAGAGACUACAGCUCUCAGCUUGUUAUUCCUGAAGUUUUAGAAUUCACUAAUAGGUUUGAAGGAGGCCUUGAGGGAAUUAGGAAGAGGAACCAUGAAAAAGUGGUUGAAAUGGGCCAAAUGUUGGCCAAGGCUUGGGGAACAAAUCUUGGUUCACCUCCUGAGAUGUGUCCGAGCAUGGUGAUGAUUGGCUUGCCUUCAAGACUGGGAGUCUUGUGUGAUGAUGAUGCUUUGAACUUGAGAUCACACUUGAGAGACCAUUUUGGGGUGGAAGUACCGAUACACUUUCAGGUGCCAAUAGAUGGGGAGAUUGGAGCCAUGGAUGGGGAUGGUUGUGUAACAGGAUAUGUCCGGAUUUCUCAUCAAGUGUACAAUACUCUUGAUGAUUAUAUUAAGUUAAGAGAUGCAAUUACUCAACUUCUCCAAGAUGGAGCAACUUGCAAGAUGCUUCAGACAGAAUGAAGAGGUUGUGAGAAAGAGAAUGGAAAAUGUUGUGAUGAAUAAUGUGGGUUAGGGGUAUGCCCCUGAAAAGCGAAACAAAGAGAGAGAGAGCAGUUAUAUGUGGAAAACAGAGCAAGUGUUGAAGUUUCUACACUGAGAGAGUUAACAACUAGAAUCUAACAUCCUAGUUUGUGGGUUUGUUUGUUUGUUUGAGAAUAAAUUUGUAACUAUGUUGUAGUGUUGUUAUUUUGCAAAUUGAGCAGUAGUAGACUUUCUUAAUGUUGCAUUUGCAAUUGCAUGUGGGGCUGAUUCAUAUCUUCUUUAAAACAUGUGCAAUUUGUAAUUGUUAUAUAUUGUCAAUUACUAC